AUGCGCGCUUGUUCAAUCUUGCGCCGACAUCUCCACUCCUCGGCCAAAUCAAUUCCACUUGUCCGCCCACAGAUCGCGUGCAUCCGAUCACACUCCUAUCUACAUCCUUACUCCACACCACGUCCUAAAGAGGCCUCGACUUUUUGGAUCACUUUCUCUAUCUUGGCCAUUGGUGGCGGCACUUGGCUGCACAACUACUUUUCUUCCCAGGAUUCACCCUUCACUCCUUCUAAAGGCCCGGCGCAAGAACCCUUUCUCGGAAGAAUCAAUACGCUCGACGUCAUGUCUCUCCAGCCCGCGCCAGGUACCAUUAGUACCCUCACCCCGGAGCAGGAGGUGAAACUUCGAGAGUUCUGGAUAUUGGCCCUCAAGGUUUUUGGAGUCAAGCUCGAUGCCCUGAAUCUGAAUGCGAAACCCACUGCGGAGCCUUCCGCCGCGGAAAAGGAGAAGGAUAAGGGCAAGAAGAAGUCCAAGCACCGUUGGUUUGGCCGCGGAGGAGAUGAUGAAGAAGAUACCAAGAGCGUUACUUCCGUCUCAUCCAACCUGGCUUCUAUCAACAUUACCGACGGCGAUGACAAAUAUGGACAAUCCAAGGAGUUCCAGCAGGCCCUGCAGGAGAUGACUCCGGACGAGAUCCGAACAUCCUUCUGGAACAUGGUGAAGCAUGACAACCCGGACUCAUUGCUGUUGCGAUUCCUACGCGCUCGCAAGUGGGAUGUGAACAAGGCUCUGAUCAUGUUGAUCUCCACCAUGCGCUGGCGCUUGCAGGAUGUGCACGUGGACGACGACGUCAUGGCUAAUGGCGAAGCGCAGGCUCUGAAGCAGAGUCAGAGCUCUGAUCCCAUCGAGAAGAAGAAUGGCGAGGAGUUCUUACUGCAGAUGCGCCUAGGUAAGAGCUUCCUCCACGGUGUGGACAAGUUUGGUCGUCCCAUUUGCGUGGUGCGAGUGCGCCUGCACCGCGCUGGUGAUCAGCAGCCGGAACCACUGGAGCGCUUCACUGUCUAUACAAUUGAGACGGCCCGCUUACUCCUCAAUCAUCCCGUUGAGACCGCUACAAUCAUCUUUGAUAUGACAGGCUUUGGUUUGGCCAACAUGGACUAUACACCGGUCAAGUUCAUGAUCAAGUGCUUCGAAGCUAACUAUCCCGAAUCUCUGGGUGCUGUGCUAAUCCACAAGGCGCCAUGGGUGUUUUCCAGUAUCUGGAGCGUCAUUAAGGGCUGGUUGGACCCUGUCGUUGCAUCCAAGAUCAAUUUCACCAAAAAUCGCGAAGAUUUGGAGGCCUUUAUCGCCCCUGGCCAAAUUAUGAAGGAGUUGGACGGUGAUGAACAAUGGGAAUACGAGUACAAAGAGCCGCAAAAGGACGAGAACAUCAAGAUGGAAGACACCGAGACCCGGGAUGCCUUGCUCGCCGAGCGCCAAAAGUUGGCCGUGGAGAUUCAGGAUACCACCAUCGAAUGGAUUGGUGCCAGUCUCAAGAAGGAAACAGAAGCAGUCUCCGCUGUCCAGGAGAAGCGUAAUGACUUGAUUGCACAGCUUCGCAAGCAAUACUGGGAGCUGGAUCCGUAUAUUCGAACUCGCUCACUCUACGAUCGAAUCAACAUAAUCCAGCCAGGUGGCACCGUUGAAUUCUACCCAGCUGCGGAGAAUGCCGAUUCCAAGGAAGUGGCGGCCUGA